CUUGGUCAUGGCUGAUUUCUACAACGAAGAUGGAGUUUCAACAUCCAUUUCAGAAAUGCCCCCUACUCAUUACACAAUCAAAAUUCAGUCUCUCUCUCUUUUAAAAAAGAACAAUAUUGAGAAAUACACCUCUCCUUAUUUCGAAGCUGGUGGAUAUAAAUGGAAGUUGGUGUUUCAUCCAAAUGGAAACAAAAGCAAGAAUAAAGCAGGGAAGUAUGUUUCUGUGUAUCUGAUGAUGGCGGAGGCAACCUCACUUGCACCUGCAGGUUGGGAGGUCCAUGUCGGCUUUCGGCUCUUUUUGCUUGAUCACAACAAUGACAAUUACUUGGUCCUCCAAUAUACAUCUACUGAAAAGGGAAGAAGAUUCCAUGCUAUGAAGGUGGAAUGGGGAUUUGAUCGAUUCAUGAGUCAAGAAGCUUUCAACAAUCCAGAAAAUGGGUAUGUUGUAGAUGACAUGUGUGUCUUAGGAGCAGAGGUAUAUGUAUGUCAAGAAAAGUUCCGAGGUAGAGAAGACUGUCUCUCCAUGGUGAAAGACCCCAUUAGCUAUAAGCACACCUGGAAGAUCGGCAAGUUCUCUGCUCUUACUGCAGAUUGUGAAGACUCUCAGACCUUCAUGGCAGCAGAACACAAAUGGAAGAUACAGGUAUACCCCAAGGGCAAAGGGAGUGGUACAGGCAGCCAUCUAUCACUAUAUUUGGCAUUGGCAGAACCAACCAGCCUUUCUCAGGGUUGUCAAAUAUAUGCAGAUUUUACAAUGCGUAUCCUUGAUCAAGCUAAUGCCAAACAUUACAUAGGCAAAGCCAACUAUUGGUUCAGUGGAUCACAGACGUUUUGUGGAUGGCCAAGAUUUAUAUCAAUUGGGUAUUUCAGUUUGCCAGGAGCCGGUUUUCUGGUCAGAGACACUUGUGUUAUAGAGGCUGAAGUCACUGUGCAUGGGGCUACUACUAAUAAGAUUAUGCUCUAAUUAGUACAAAGAACUUGACCAUGACACCAAUUAUUGUAGAGAGAAUAUUUUCUCCACUCUUUGGACAGACCAGAUAGAAGAAAAUUGAAGCCACAAGUCUCAUUCUGACAAUAAUUCUAAUGCUGACACAUUCAUCAUGCCAAUUUGGCAUGCCAUGCUAGUCCCAGUGUUCUUUCUCGUACUAGUUACGCAAAUGAACUACUACAAUUUGGUA